UAUCACUAAUAGCUAUUCGUUCUUGCUUCUCAUAUAUACUUUAUUUGCAUUACCAAAAAUGGAACUUAGUUUAAAGCACCAAGUUGGGCUUAUGUGUGUUAUAUUACUCUUACCUUCGCUAUGUAGCUCACAGGAUUCUUUCACUGAUUCCAGAGCAACCUAUUAUGGCAGCCCUGAUUGCUAUGGCAAUCCAAGGGGAGCUUGUGGCUUUGGAGAAUAUGGAAGGACAGUCAAUGAUGGCAGUGUUGCAGCGGUGUCUAGGCUAUGGAGGAAUGGAACUGGCUGUGGUGCAUGCUACCAGGCAAGGUGCAAAUUAGAGCAAUACUGCGACGAGGAGGGAACCUACGUGGUGGUAACAGACUACGGCGAAGGAGACAGAACAGACUUCGUUUUGAGCCCACGCGCCUACAAGAAGUUGGGACGAAACGAUAAAGCUGCAGCAGAGCUAUUCAAAUAUGGUGUGGUUGACAUUGAAUACCGAAGGGUCCCUUGCAGAUAUGAAGGCUACAACAUUGUCUUUAAGGUCCAUGAACGAAGCAAGAAUCCUGAAUACUUUGCUGUUGUCAUUCUCUAUGUUAAUGGUGCUUAUGAUGUAACUGCUGUUCAGUUGUGGCAGGAAGAUUGCCAAGAAUGGACAGAAAUGAGGAGGGUUUAUGGGGCAGUGUUUGAUUAUGCCAAUCCACCAAGUGGUGAAAUCAAUUUGAGGUUCCAAGUGAGUGGCAGUGCAGGUAUCUAUUGGGUGCAAUCCCAGAAUGCUAUUCCUAGUGAUUGGACUGCUGGAGCUGCUUAUGAUUCACAGGUUCAGCUUACUUAAAAAAUAAAUAAAUAAAUAAAUAAAAUAAACAAAAGAGGAAAAACUUUUGGUAUCUUAUUGUUGAGAUGCCAGGAUCAAGAUAACAAAUCGAUAGGCACUACUAGUAUUCAAUUGUUUACUCUUACGGAUGUUGAUGUUAAUGUUAGUAGUGUGUCCUCUUUGUGUUUAGGGACUAGAAUAAAUGAGGAUUCAUGUACUUUUCUUAUGAAA